GCGCAGUUUGCAAAAUCCCUUUUCACACACGUGAUGCUUGUUGCUUAGCAUUACAUUAGAGGUUAGCCACUUAGCACGUAAUACAUUUGUUUAAGCGAAUGUACUCAUACAGUAUUAUGUCGCCGUUAUAAACUUUUAACAUCCGUUAUUUGGAUUUUUAUCUCGGAGUAACUUGUUCGGGGUUUCACUGAACGAUGUGGCAGCGGGGGCGUGGCCGAGCGGCGGUCUGUGAAUGGAGGGCGGAGUCAGGGAAGAUAGGCAUGGCGAAUUUGUCCAAUUAUGCCGUGCGCAUGGCUCGCCUCAGUGCCCGUAUCUUUGGUGAAGUGGUGCGGCCUACAGACUCCAAAUCCAUGAAGGUGGUGCACCUGUUCAAAGAGCCUCCUAUGGCACAGAAGAAAGAGGUGUAUGACUGGUACCCUCAGCACAAGAUCUACUAUUCCUUAACCCAGAAACUCCGAUACAUGGGGCUCUUCAGAGAUGAGCACCAGGACUUUAAAGAGGAGAUGCGGCGUCUCAGGAAGCUGCGUGGAAAAGGAAAGCCCAAAAAAGGAGAAGGAAAGAGAGCAAUGAAGAAAAAGUAGGCAAGAAGAUACUGCGCUUAUCUCGGAGGACUUUCAUUUGUUUGGGUUUAGAGACUAUCCCAUUCUGCUGCUAUAGAGAACGCAAAGAUGUGACUCCUCAGCAGGGAGUGGAGAAAAUGCAAGUUAUCUGCUUGAGUGUUACUCAUUUUGUUGUGGAUUAAAAUGUUCACUUUGA